CGGAGCGUGCGCGAGUGGCUUUCGGAAUCCGGAUAUGAUGAAAAUGUUUUAGAUCAAACUUUCUUCAAGCGAACCAGCAGAACGUCGAGGACAUUAGGAGUAAUAUUACAACCUUUCCCGCACGAAUAGCGUGAUAAACGGAAUAAAGCGAAUCAUUGUAAACGUAUUGAUAACUUUGGAUAAAUUGUAUUUUACAACUAGCGCGGAAUUUUCCAACGAGAAGGCGUUUCACUAUGGAGGAGGGAUGAAAAUAAGUCAAACUUGAGGGAGGGAGUUGUCAUGUUUGUAAGGGUUGAGGGCUAAGGAGGAAAAGGAGGGUCUUCUUUAUCUGUCGUGUAUCUAUUCAAGAGGACUGUCUCAUGUCCACGAAGACAGUCUUACCUCCGGAAGGGCCUGCUGGGCCAGGGAAGAACCUUCAACAGGAGACAAGUCCUCUUCUCCCAAACUCUCAUGAUGCUUGUGACAGUAACAAAUCAUCUGAAACUACAAACCCAUCCAGAACAUCGUGUCCCAGAGGCACGUCCGCUGAAGGACAAAGUCACGUGAUGGGGGAAAACCCUACCUAUUGUGACCCUGUUCGAACUCAACCUCAGCCGCUGCCCCAGCCAACCACGUCUGCGCAGGGAGAGCCCGACGAGGGAGGAGAAGAUGCUGCUUCUGCCAAGAGUCAAAAUGGCCACCAAUCCUCCACCGGCCUGAGUAACGGCGAUGGAAUCCGCCGGAAAUGUUCCUGUGGGGCGGAGCAGCACAGGAAGCAACACCCGUCGCCCGGCAUCUCCCAGAAGAUGCAGAGCCAGCUUCGUUCCAGCCUGUCGGUCAACAGCGACAGCAGCAGACGGAGUAAGGGAAGCUCCACCGGAUCCCAGAAGCCUGGGACGCUACCAGAGGACUGCUGUGUCCACUGCAUCCUGGCCUGUCUGUUCUGUGAGUUCCUGACCCUGUGCAACAUGGUGGUGGCCCAGGCUAGCUGUGGCACUUGUACCUCGGAGGCCUGCUGCUGCUGCUGUGCUGAGGACAUGGGAGACGACUGCAACUGCCCCUGCGACGACAUGGACUGUGGCAUCAUGGACGCCUGCUGCGAGUCCUCCGACUGCCUGGAGAUCUGCAUGGAGUGCUGCGGCAUCUGCUUCCCCACAUAGGAAGGACCAUGAUGGGGGAUGGGAUUGAGAAUUAUGGCCGUAGUGCUACUGCUACCUGUACUUUACACUCCAGCAGAGAGGGAGGGAGAGAGGAAGUGUGUGUGGGCUAAUGGGGUGUGUGUGUUCGCAUGUGUGUGUGUGUGUGUGUGUGUGUGUGUGUGUACAAGUGCUUGUGUGUGCCUUCGAUAUAAGCCCACACAGAGAGAUGUAUUCAUCUACACUGGGCCUCUCUGCCAAGCAGGGGCCAAAAAUAGUUUAUAAAUGCUUUUGUUACGUACCACAAGUAUAAACAUGUAACAUGAACAUUUAAUUUACCUAAGUGUGUGUUUAAUGUUGACAAAUAUGUUAAUCAGCGCUUUAAAAAGUAUUACCUUAGAUGCCUUAUUGAAUAGGAAGAUCAUCUCUAUCACUUCAGGAAUACUGUCCGACUGACAUCUUUGCCUUGAAAGUUUUCUUCUUUUUCACUACCAAAAUGUCAAUUCCUGACACUAAACCAAAGGAAUACAUGUUUUACCUUCAUAUUUAGCAGCCUUUUAGUGGUUUUAGUCAGUACUGACACUGUAAUAACUUUAUGUGAUGUUUCUGGGAUGUGUUUUUCCUAUUCAUAUUAAUACACUUUAAAUUAGAGGCCUACAAGACACACAUUCAUGAACAAUGUGCAACAACAGAUCAGAACAGCCGUAGUUAUAGUCCAUAUCUACUGUAGUUUGCAAAAUGAUACGUAUUGAAAAGCUUCAUGUAAAGAAAGAUUGAAGAUCAGCACUAAAUCAGGUAGAUUAGUGUAUACCUUUUCUGUUAACAAUGUAUUUAAUCCAGAUAUCAGUUUUUGUUCUGUACCAUUUUAAAUUGUGUAAAUAAUGUACGUGCUUUGUAGGACACAUUUUAGUUGUCUUUUGGAUUCAAGUGUGCUUGAGUUACUUACAAAACUGCACAAAUGGAGCUCCAUUACGUAUAACCAAUGCUAAUCUCGUACACCCAGAACUAAAGUCUCUGUUGCUUGUUAGUUGUCGCAUCCCAGAGUUUUUUGACAGAUGUUACGAUACCAUUUAUGCUACGUAGUCUGUCCACGAGAGAUUAAACUUCUGCUAAUACCAAAAUAUCUACCUGUAUCAACAAAUCUCUUUGAGAAGGGUUGAUGGAUGACAGGCAUGGUUAACUAUAGGGUUAACAUGGAGUUAAAGAACAUGUGAGUUGUCAGGCUUUGGAGUAUGCUGCCAUUGCUGUUAUUAGAUCAGAGGAGAUUUUGAGUUAGGCCUUCCGUCAGCAGUUCACUCCAGAUAUGAGUAGUAUUAUUCUUGUCAGAUUGUUCCUGAUUUUUGGCCUGAUAUAACUAAUGAUUAAUGAACAUUUGAGUUAUACUGUAGCGUGCGCCCUCACGCAAUGUUAAAGCCAUGUUGUUGGAAAUAAUGGUUUUAGUCUAUCCUAAAGACUCACCAUGGUUUUCACCUGUCAGUCUUUCAAGCCCUGAAUUUACUGGAUAUACAUUGGAAAUACUGGCUUCCUGGAAUAUACAAGGGAUAAGAAAUGUGUCCGACUGGUGAAUUGCACAACAUUUUCUCAUUGUAGAAAACAAAAUGUUAUGACAAUCAUGUUUUUAUAUUGUUGACAAUCAAUUAUUUUCUCAGUCUUACACUCACUUUGAUUACAUACUGUACGGUACGACUGUUACUUCUGUGAUGUUAUUUAGCAUGUAUUUGGGAUACUGCCUCAGUAUUACUUGUUGAAAUGCACUCUUUAGAAACAGAAAGUGAUAAGGAAUUAAAACAUGGCUGACCCUGUUUGCCAUAAGCGGCUUUUGGAUUACAAGUGCAUGACUCGCAACACAAUAAGGAAAUAUUCUGGGCUGUCAGAUUCAGAGGAGAAGAGAAUCGUAAACUAAGGCACAACAUUUUUUUCAGCAGAUUAUUUUUUUCUCUUCUUAAUUCUGUGUAUCAAGUUGAGUUUGUGGUGAAUCAUUUUCUCAGUCUCGAAGAAGAGAUUUGCUUUGAUGUUGUUUUAGUGAUACUUAACACAGGGACUCAUUAGUGUGUUGCUUUUCUAAAUGGGAAUGUUCCUUCACUUCACACCAUCAAAGAUAAUGCGCUGUCAAAUCUUAGGCCUACUUCUCUAAUGGUGUAUUGUUAUUAUGUUUAAAGGAGUUGGAAGGACUCCUCCGCAGACCUCUUUUAACAUUUGUAUGAUUAACUAACACGCUCUUUCUCUGGAUAUUUUAUUCUGGAUAUACAGUCCUAUUAACAGGAACAACACUAGAUAAUGUGAAGACUUCUUCUCCAAGCAUAGUAUUUACAUGUUUAUCUUUUUUCUCAAACUGUAGUAUGUUUUUAUAUUCUGUCCACUACUUGAUCUGUAUAUGAUAUACUGUACCGUCUUCACCUUUUCCAUCUUCUAUAACAUUUUACAUUUUAUAUUUUAGUCAGUUAGCAGACGCUCUUAUCUAGAGCAACUUUCACUGCUAUAAGACCUCUUUUCACUGCAUUUAGCAUACAACACACUUUGUAGGUUGUUAUACAUUAAUUCAGAAUCAUGUUUGAAAUAAUAAAAAAAGAUUACAAUAAGUA